AUGGACUCUCAAAGUGUCCGUUCUCUAGCCCUUUACUCUUCUGCGGGCUUGGUCGUUGCGUAUUGCGUGAACAAGCUGCUGAACAGCAAGACCAACUUGCCUUACCCCCCAGGGCCUCGUCCACUUCCCAUCUUGGGUAACAGCCGGCAGAUUCCCGCAUCUUCCCCAUGGUUUACCUACCACGAAUGGGCGCAGCAAUACGGGCCCAUUGUGCACUUGAAGGCGAUAGGCGAACAUAUAUUAGUCAUCAACUCGGCCAAGGUUGCGGAUGACCUACUGGAGAAGCGUUCAAACAUCUAUAGUGAUCGUCCUGAUAUCCCUAUGAUCCAGCUGAUGGGAUGGGACUUCAACAUUGGCUUCAUGAAAUACGGCGACAAAUGGAGAAAAUACCGGCGCCUCAUGCACCAUCUCGCUGCGGCCAUCAUGAUGGCGAGCGUGUAUGGUUAUGACAUUCAGCCUGUGAACGACUCCUUUGUUAGCCUCGUUCGGGCGGCCGUAGAACGGCUCGGAGAGUCUGUUUUUCCAGGCGCCGUUGCCGUCAACAAGUUUCCCUGGCUGCGUCAUUUUCCAGGCUGGCUGCCAGGUUUUGGAUUUCAAAAGUUUUGCGCUGACACCAGAGUUAUCAACACCCGAAUGAAGGAGGUACCAUACGAGUUUGCAAAACACAACAUGCUGGAAGGAACAGACACGACCUCCGUUGUCGCUAGGAUCCUGAUCUCAGGAAAGCAUGAUGACAAUGUAGAGCUCAUCCAGGGCGUUGCAGGUCUUGCCUUUGCUGCUGGCGCCGAUACUACAGUGUCGGCUAUAUCCACUUUCUUCAUGGCGAUGGCUUUGUAUCCUGAAGUCCAAGCAAAAGCUCAACGCGAACUCACCGCCGUAGUUGGAGCCCACAGAUUGCCGGAAAUUUCCGACAGACAGCGUCUACCAUAUGUCGACGCGGUGUACCGAGAAGUACUACGCUGGAGACCGGUUCUGCCCUUGAGUGUCAGUCAUGCAACCUCGAAGGACGAUGUUUAUGAUGGCUACUUCAUUCCAAAAGGAACCCAAGUUGUUGCAAACAUCUGGUCCAUGUGUCACGAUGAGUCUAUCUAUGCAGAACCAGACAAAUUCAAGCCGGAAAGAUUCCUCGAUGACGAUGGGGGGCUCGUGAACGAUCCUCGCAUGAACAUUCUUGCCUAUGGCCAUGGUCGCCGCAUCUGUGUGGGCCGCCACAUGGCCGACGAAACAGUUUGGGCAGUCAUUGCGUCAGUGCUGCAUGUCUACGAAAUCGGCAAAGUCAAAGACCUGUCUGGCAAUGACAUCGACAUCGUCGUCCGAUUCUCGGGCGGAAUCGUCAGUCACCCAGAACCAUUUCCGUGUAGCAUUACUCCGCGUUCAGAGAACGAAAAGCAGCUUGUGGAAGGCACGAUAGCGGCCGUCUACGACAUUUGA